AUGGAUAUUCAACAAUCAGUAAUCGAGAUGUAUGAAGAAUUAAUGAACAACAUUUCAAAUGAAGUUAAUAUUCAAUCAGCAUUAACUAUAUCAAUCGAACAAAAUUUAAAUAAUAAUAUAUAUAAUAAUAAUGAUGAUAGUGAUGGUAGUAGUAUUGGUGCUCUUAAUCAUAAUAAUAAUAAUACUAAUAUUAAUGGUAAUCAUAAUAAUGUUCUUAAUCGUAAUGAUAUUGCUAAUCAUAAUGAUAGUUUAAAUCCUAAUAAUAACGAAACUAAUAAUCAUUCUUUUAAUCAUAAUAUUAAUGCUAAUAUAUUUGGUAACAUAAAUGGUAGUAUUAAUCAAAAUAAUAAUAGUAAUACAAAUAACAUAAUUAGUCGAAAUGAUCAAAAUGAAGAAACAACAGAAAAUAUUGUUGAAAUCAUCAAUAUACAAAAUAGUAUGUUUCAUAAAGAAAUAAAAAAGAGAAUAAAAUGUAAUAUUUCUAAAAAUAAAAAUAUUUCUGAUAAAAAACCUUUUGAAUAUAUUCGAACAAAUUUUCCUGCAUUGUCUAAUGAUUAA